AUCUAGGUACCCCGUCUCUGCACCCCUCCAUCCCUCCUCUGGCCCCUCUGGCCCUCCCUUGGCCUGCCUCUUGGUCGCCCAUCUGUAGGUCCCUUCAUUCCUCCUCUUUUCUCUGGUUUCCUGUCCCUCCCUCCACCUCCGGGCACCCCAUUCGUACGCUCUUCCAUCCACACCCCUGUCGCCCGGGUCCCACCACCGCUGCCACCCCCUACCUGGGGACCCCGGCUUGUCCUAGCCUACCCCGUCAGCCCCUACUCCCGCCCGGCGUUUAAACUCUUCCCCGCCCUUAGCCAUGUCCAACAACAUGGCCAAGAUCGCGGAGGCCCGCAAGACGGUGGAACAGCUGAAGCUGGAGGUGAACAUCGAUCGCAUGAAGGUGUCGCAGGCGGCCGCCGAGCUCCUGGCCUUCUGCGAGACGCACGCCAAAGAUGACCCGCUGGUGACGCCGGUCCCCGCCGCAGAGAACCCCUUCCGCGACAAGCGCCUCUUUUGCGUCCUGCUCUGAGUCUUCGCGACAGCUUACCCCCUCCCUCGCCACAGAGUGAAUCCAAUAAACGUGGCGGCUGU